GUCAAUCCGCGCUGCUGGCUGGAAUAGAAAAUGAUAGAGCCACCGCUGUUACCGGAGACAGAGAGGACUGCAUAAUCGGCAGCAUUUAGACAUGGGAACCGGCAGCUGCGGCCAGCGUGGACUGGGAGGUGUACCACUUCCGGGAACGGUGGCAAGCUGGACCAACGGAUCCGUCGAAGCCGUCGUGUUCCCAGAUGCGGUGGUGUGGGACGCAUCCCUGGUGCAGCGCGUCGUGCCUCUGUCGGUCAUCAUGUUCUUCACGCUGGCAGGAAACGCCGCCAUAGUUGCCGUGCUGGCUCGGCCUCGAGCUGCCAAGCGUGCGUCGCGUGUCAACCUCUUCAUUCUACACCUGGCUAUCGGAGACCUUGCAGUCGGUCUCUUUACGCAGUCGUCCGAAAUGCUCUUCGAGAUCUCAGGCGGUUGGGUGCUGGGAGGCCCCGCUUGUAAGGCGGUGGUGUACGUGCAAAUGGUGACCCUGGCCUCGACCACGUUCAUCUUGGCCUCGAUGAGCUACGAUCGGUACGCGGCCAUCUGCAGGCCUCUUGAGUCACGUUCGGGCCUGCGGCGCGCCAAGGCUAUGGUGGCGGUCUCUUGGGCGAUGGCCUUUCUGCUUGCCCUGCCACAGCUGUUCAUUUUCGUGCAGGUACAGACUGGUGUGACGACGUCCGGCCGUCCGCAUUACGAGUGCCUCAGUGUCGGAUACACUCGUCAUUGGCAGAGGCAACUGUAUUUCUCUUGGCUCACCCUGUACAUCCUUGUGGCGCCGGGCAUUCUGAUCUCGGCCUGCUACCUGCGCCUCCUCCGCGUCGUGUGGGCGGCAUCUGGCUCAGAUGGCGCCAACUGUCUCGUCGCCACAAGCACGUCAUCGCAGAGAAGCAAAGAAAGCGACAAAGCCAACGGCAAAUCGUCACCGCCGUUGCUCCGUCGAUGCGCCCAAGGACAUCCCCUCCUGUCCAGGGCACGGGCGAAAACACUUAAGCUCACGGUUUGCAUCAUAGCGAGCUUCAUGCUCUGCUGGAUCCCGUACUUCACGGUGCACAACAUACGCAUCCACAGCCACUAUUGCAUCAAGGUGCCGCGGGCAGCCAUCGUCUUAGCCGAGACGGCGGCCCUGCUCAACAGUGCCGUGAACCCGGUGUUCUACGGCCUCUUCAACGUGCACAUACGCCGCGGCAUCUGCGACAUCUUGCCCUGCGGUCGCCGUCGUGGUCGGCGGUCCAGCGGCCUCGACUCGACCACACGUCAUCGCACUGGCCUCCUCACCACGACCUCGUUGGCACCCGAUGUCGGAUCCGUGAACAAUCUCGCGCUGACGAGCAAAGGGCGCUGCCACCAAAGUGGUCGGCCCUGUGGCAGCGUCACCGCGAUACCCAUGGUCGCCAUCAACGGGAACUCUGUGGUGGCAUCUGUCGUGUGACUAUCGUGCGCUAACAUUCGCUUUACUCGCUCGCGUCUCUCCCUUCAUCUCCCUUGUAAAUAAACUGAAAGAAUAUAGGUAAUAUUUGCAACUGACAAAGCUCAGUUUGGAAGCCUGCAUGCGUAAAGUACAGCAAUGAUCGUUCAACCUUGGCAAUUUGCAUUCAACUGGAACGUUUCGGCUGCCCGCGAUGUAAUACGUUCCUAAAUGCACUCGUCUGCGUUAUAUUCGCUGAGGACACGCGACUAUACGCCUAUGUCUUGAAUGAACCCUCGCAAGGUUACUGAAAUUUCCCUGCAUAUUUCGCCUUACCCGCUGCGUGAAAGGACCGAAAAGGCGUGGCUACACCAAGUCGAUGUUUCGUGCGGUGAGCCUACAUCGCGAUGUUAUCGCCUAGGCACCGGACAUGCACAUGUGAUGAACCGGAACGGGAAUGAACUCAAUCGUUAAGAUACCCUAGAACAUGUGUGUCAUAUGCGUGUUGUUUGCGUGUGUUGUCCUAGUGGUUAUUCAAAUGGAAAAUCUGCUUAUGCGAAUCUGUGCCACUACAGUGCGGAAAAAAAGUGUCGAAAAGUUAGAGCUCCGAAACCAGUUUUGUAGCACCCACAUUGUGCUUCGAUGACAUCUUACAUGUCGCCCCAUCUGCAACACCUUAGAUGGGCUCCCUGCUCAAGAAGUUGAUCCGAACGCUUGUGUAAUAUUAUUAAAGCCGUCUACAUGGGUCUCAUCUAUCGAACCUCAGUCAAUUGCCACUUUGAUGUGCUUCACUGCGAUUCAGUUUCAGUCAUUUCUUCUUCCUGUUUUGACUGAGAACCCAUACGUCAUUUCAAGUGUCACCUUUCCAAAACACAAUCUCUACAAAAGCAUAAAUGUACAAUUCGCACGAUAAUAAAAGGGCUUACAAGAAA